ACGAGGUUUUCCUCCUCAUACAAAAACCAAUCCCAACCCCCCCCUUCUCUCUCACUCUUUCUUUCUCUCCGAUUCAAAAUCACAUCGUUGGCGUCGCCACCACUCUCCUUCACCACCAUGCAGGCCAUUCAGUCCUCCACGCUCCGACCCGCCCCGCUCGACCCGCUCCGCAAACGGACCCACUUCCCCAACCUCACUCCCAAACCCGCCUGCAGACGCGUCUCCUUCGUCUCCGCCUCCUCCUCCUCCGUCUCCGCCCCCACCCGCGAGAAGGACCCCAAGAAGCGCGUGGUCAUCACCGGCCUCGGCCUCGUCUCCGUCUUCGGCAACGACGUCAACACCUACUACGACAAGCUCCUCGCCGGAGAGAGCGGCGUCGGACCCAUCGACCGCUUCGACGCCUCCAAGUUCCCCACCCGGUUCGGCGGCCAGAUCCGCGGCUUCACCUCCGAGGGCUACAUUGACGGCAAGAACGAUCGCCGCCUCGACGAUUGCCUCCGCUACGCCAUUGUUGCCGGCAAGAAGGCUCUAGAAGAUGCUGAUCUCGGCGCCGAUAACCGCCCUAAGCUUGAUAAGUCGCGGGCUGGUGUGCUGGUUGGAUCAGGGAUGGGUGGUCUUACUGUGUUUUCUGAUGGUGUUCAUGCACUGAUAGAUAAAGGUCACAGGAAAAUUACCCCGUUUUUCAUUCCCUAUGCUAUUACAAACAUGGGAUCUGCUUUGCUUGGAAUUGAUUUGGGCUUUAUGGGGCCGAAUUAUUCAAUCUCGACGGCUUGUGCUACUUCAAAUUACUGUUUCUAUGCUGCGGCGAAUCACAUUCGUCGGGGUGAAGCUGAUUUGAUGAUUGCUGGUGGGACUGAAGCUGCCUUGAUUCCCAUUGGGCUUGGGGGGUUUGUUGCAUGCAGGGCAUUGUCUCAGAGAAAUGAUGAUCCGAAAACUGCUUCUAGGCCGUGGGACAAAGAUAGAGAUGGCUUUGUUAUGGGUGAAGGUGCUGGAAUAUUGGUAAUGGAGAGCUUGGAACAUGCGAUGAAACGAGGUGCACCUAUUAUUGCCGAGUACUUGGGAGGUGCUAUCAACUGUGAUGCGUAUCAUAUGACUGAUCCAAGAGGCGAUGGACUUGGUGUAUCUACAUGCAUAGAGAGAAGCCUUGAAGAUGCUGGUGUUUCACCUGAAGAGGUUAACUACAUCAAUGCCCAUGCAACUUCCACUCUAGCGGGUGACCUGGCUGAGGUUAAUGCUAUAAAAAAGGUGUUCAAGAACACUAAAGAGAUAAAGAUCAAUGCUACUAAGUCUAUGAUAGGUCACUGCCUCGGUGCUUCUGGGGGUUUGGAAGCUAUUGCUACAGUGAAAGCCAUACAAACAGGAUGGCUACAUCCUUCCAUAAACCAAUUUAAUCCAGAACCCUCAGUCGAGUUUGACACUGUUGCAAAUGUAAAGCAGCAGCAUGAAGUGAAUGUUGCCAUAUCAAAUUCGUUUGGAUUCGGAGGACAUAACUCUGUCGUCGCCUUUUCUGCAUUCAAGCCUUGAUCAUCCAAGCUUGUCUGCAAGUUUUGUACUACAUCAGUCUUGCUUAGAGGAGAUCUUAACUGUAUCUGAGGCUGCUUUCAUUCUUAUUUUUGGAGCCAGUUGUAGCGAAAUAAUCAAGAGUUACUCUAUUUCAAGGACAGUAGUCAAUUAGAUACCAGGUUCUGUGGGUCAGUAGCAGGUCUUUUAUUUUUUCACUUUUACAUGUGUGGUUGUUGACUUGUUGAUAUGCUGAAUUGUUGUAUUUAAUGGAAAGCUUAUUCUGAUUUUA